GUCUUUCGGCGCCGUUAGGCGGAGAUUUGAAAGCUGACCAGAGAAUGGCCCCGAUCGCUACAACGAACGGACCGAAGGAGGCGGUGCAUGGCGGUGGCGAAGAAACGCUAACGCGCCAUACCGAUGCAAAGCAACAUUACUACAUCAGCAACCGCACAAAUGGCAUCAUUGAAGGAGCACGCGAUGGAGCGGCGUCGAUGAUGGCCGGCAGCGGCAGCAGCACAACAACAACGGCGGCCCAGCAACCCUGUCCGCUGCGGGCCCCGCUCGUGGUAACCGUCGUUGGGUUACCGUGCCGCGGGAAGUCGCUGGCCGCACAUAAAGUGGCCCGACAUCUAAGCUGGCGAGGCGAGGGAGCCAAAGUGUUUACGGUUGACACGAAUGCCACAACCGACACGCUGUGCGAAAUCAGUCUUUUCUUCAAGGAAGGAAAUAAUGUCGCUAUCAUCGAUGGAAUGCAUUUAACCCGGGCCACCCGCCAAACGGUGGCCUCGUUCUGCUGUGAUGCCGUGUUUCACCAUCUGCUGAUCGAGUUCACGUGCAAUGACAAGUGUCUGGAGGAGAACAUUGCCGAUACGGUUCAGUUUUAUCGCCAGCACGAUCAGACCCACGACUGGGAGCAACGUCUUCGCGAUAGCAACACCGCGCACACGGCACAGUUCGAACCGUGCAGCGCAUCCGAGGGCCCCCUGAUUACGGUGAAUAACUCCGAGGAUCCGCUGUGCCACUCCGUCGCGGCUCGCGGUGUCCGUGGCGCUAUUCAGACGGCGAUCCUAGGCGUUCUAGCCAGUCCGGUUAUUCGCCAGCAGACGUUCUACUUUAGUCGGCACGGUGAAUCCGAAUAUAACGUUUUGGGACGAAUCGGAGGUGAUGCGGAUCUGUCACCACGCGGAAUGAAGUACGGCGAACGGUUGGCGCGCCAGCUGGGAGGUCCUGGUUCGAAUCCGGAUUGUCCGCGGCCGAAAGUGAUCUGGACGUCCGAGCUCCGCCGUACGGUACACACCGUCCAGAGUAUUCCGGGACCGCGGGCGGCCAUUAAAGAUCUGAACGAGAUCAAUGCUGGAAUCUGCGAGGGCUUGACGUACGAAGAGAUCCAAGAACGCUUCCCACAGGAGUUUGCCUGGCGCGAUCAGGACAAGUUCAAGUAUCGCUACCCGCACGGGGAAUCGUAUUUGGAUUUGCUGCAACGGGUCGACAGCGUGGUGCAGGCGCUGCUCAGCAAGACCGACGUCCUCGUUGUCUCCCAUCAGGCCGUGCUGCGCUGCAUUAUGGCGUACUUUAAGGGUGUCAAGCCGGAUGAUGUGCCGUACAUUAAUGUGCCGCUCCAUACGCUGCUCGUGGUGCGAUCGUAUGGUUACGAUUUUGUUGUCGAAACAGUUCCACUGAAAGUCGAAUGUGUCGAUACCUAUCGCAUUCAGCCAAAGAACUGCUCCACAUCGCGCACAGCUGCCGAUGCCCUGACGACCGUUCCUGCGCACUUCGACGCUCCACUUACGCAACAAAUGUCUACGAUUAGCUAAAAGCUGCUUCCGGUUCGGAAUGGCACCCAACCACAACCACACACCGUAAACGGUUUGAUCUUUUCGACAUAAGAAACAGCUAGGCCAGGCCGAUUUGCGAGAGUAUCGCAAUCAAUUCGUGCAAAAUCGCACCAUACCUUCAGUAAGGUACAUAAACUAGGUUAAGCUGCGAACUCUCUUCCCUUGAAAAAGCCUAAGCACCUCACGCCGGCAGGUUCUACAGUUCUUCCAUGGUGGUGUACAUAUAUUGCUAGAGAUGAAGUCGCAGAGAAAGGCGAGUAAAUGCAAAAAUGAUGUGGAAGUAGGUUUUCCUUUGCCAUUGACCAGGUGAGAUCGGUGUGUCGUUAUAGGACGGGUGAACGACAGCAAAGUUCGAGUGGUUUGUGGG